CUCAUACUGCCUCAUGCUGGCUGGCCCUGCUCGAACCCUGCAGGGAGAGCCAGAGCCAUGACCUGAACCCUGAUGACCACUGUCAGGGCCUCUGAGUGACUGGCAGGUGCACCAUGGAACUGAAAGUGUGGGUGGAUGGAGUUCAGAGGAUUGUCUGCGGUGUCACUGAAGUCACAACUUGCCAGGAGGUUGUGAUAGCCUUAGCCCAGGCUAUAGGUCGAACCGGAAGGUACACCCUAAUAGAAAAAUGGAGAGAUACGGAAAGGCAUUUGGCACCACACGAAAACCCCAUCAUAUCCUUGAACAAGUGGGGGCAGUAUGCUAGCGAUGUACAGCUCAUCUUGCGUCGGACUGGGCCAUCUCUCAGUGAGCGACCCACCUCAGACAGUGUGGCCCGGAUUCCUGAAAGAACUUUGUACCGACAGAGCUUGCCCCCCUUAGCCAAACUGCGGCCUCAGGUGGACAAGUCGAUCAAAAGAAGAGAACCUAAAAGGAAAUCACUAACCUUCACAGGAGGUGCCAAAGGGCUGGUGGACAUUUUUGGGAAAGGGAAGGAAACUGAGUUUCGGCAGAAGGUGCUGAGCAGCUGCAGAAGCACUGCGGAGGAGCUGAAGCGGCUGAUCCGGCUCCAGACAGAGAAGCUACAGGCCAUCGAGCAGCAGCUGGAGUCCAGCGAGCUCGAAAUACGAUUCUGGGAGCAGAAAUACAACUGCAGCCUGGAAGAGGAGAUUGUCCGCCUGGAGCAGAAGAUCAAGAGGAAUGAUGUGGAGAUCGAGGAGGAGGAAUUCUGGGAAAAUGAACUGCAGAUCGAACAAGAAAAUGAAAAGCAGCUGCAGGACCAGCUUGAGGAGAUACGGCAGAAAGUCACGGACUGUGACAGCAAACUGAAGGACUACCUGGCGCAGAUCCACACCAUGGAGAGCGGCCUUGAAGCAGAGAAGCUGCACCGGGAGGUUCAGGAGGUCAAUGAGGAGGAGAUGAAAGGGAAGAUUGAAAAGGUCAAGGGGGAGAUGGACCUUCAAGGGCAGCAGAGCCUGAGGCUGGAGAACGGCAUCCGAGCCGUGGAGAGGUCUCUGGGGCAGGCUACCAAGCGCUUACAGGACAAGGAGCAGGAGCUGGAGCAGUUGACCAAAGAGCUGCGGCAAGUCAACCUCCAGCAGUUCAUCCAGCAAACAGGGACGAAGGUCACCGUGCUGCCAGCUGAGCCCACUGAAAUAGAGGCCUCCCAGGCAGACAUAGAGACAGAAGCCCCAUUCCAGUCUGGGUCCCUGAAGCGACCUGGUUCUUCACGGCAGCUCCCCAGUAAUCUUCGUAUUCUGCAGAACCCCAUCUCCUCUGGAUUUAAUCCUGAAGGCAUCUAUGUAUAACAUUGUCUUCAGGGGAAAGGUCCAGCCAAGGUACCGAGGACAGUAAAAUCCUUCAGUGUGUGCCAACUGAACGAGGGUCUGUCCCAGGCCACUCUACCCUCUCCAAUUGCAGACCACUUGAGCCCUGUGCACUGACGCCGAACACGGAGCUGUUCACACUUGCAGUAUUGACGCACUGUCUAGCAGCUGACAUGCAAAGCCUUCGUUUUUAUUUCUAGUAUUCUGAGGACAUUAGAAAAGUAUUAGCCUAUGUUUAUACAUGAAUAAACCCUGAAUUAAAGAGUAAAGUUAUGUAACUGUUUAGUUUAAUUUAUUCCAUGUAACUGAUUGAUGUAUGAAUGUUGCUGUUUAAUAUUUUAUUAAUCCUUAUCCUGUGACUUAAUUAUGUUAACUGUUGUGGGCUUCUAACUGUGCAUGUUGGCAGAUUCCGUCCGAGCUUUGCUCAUGCAUAGCUACGCGGCCUCCUGGGACGCUCACCGUCCAGACUGACUCCAGUGCAGCCAGCUGCACUUAAUGCUGGGGCUUCUCCCCACCCCCGCUUUCUCUCUGCCCUGGAAGCUGAGCGUUUCUUUACAGUAUUUCCCAAUGUAAAUUACCAUAUACCAUCACAGAAACAGCUUUAAUGGGGUAACUGUUCAUAUAAAAUGCUUGUGGUCACAGACUGCCAGCAGGUCAGCUGAUGGCUGCCCAUGGGUUUCCUGGUACACGCUAAAGUCUUCCUGUCUUAACGCUCCCAUGAUGUGAGGAGGAGAGAGCCCUGAAGAUGGGGAUGCCGUACUUUGGGAAUCAUGGGAUACAUUUCAGAGCAACCCACUUCCUCUGUGUAGUCCGUGCCAUGCCAGCAGGGGUAGGUUUGCCGUGAUGUAAAUGUGACUGCGUGCUCUCUGUCACCCAGUCACACCUCAGCAACACCAAGGAAAUAAAGUUAAAUUCAGAGAUUGUUUUUAUUUUUAAGUUUGACUUUAUAGGAUACUAGUCUUAUAUUUGUAUCAUUUUGUGUAUUAAGCCAAAAAAAAGAGAGUCAAUACUUUCCUCACGCGCAGUGACUUAGCUGCAUUCACAAGUAAUAUUUAGACACGUGUCAGCCUUCCAGCUGUUUCCAUUCUCUCGGAGCACAUGUGGCACAAGGCAACUAAGACUUCGGUCUGAAACGUGAAGUAGUUUUUAAUUCUAAAGAGAAUGCACCCCCUGUACUACUUACAUGCAAUAAAAUAAAAGUGGAUUAGUAGGGUAACGCCUGGUGUCGCUAAGGGCGACUCUGGAUGUGUGAAUACAUCCGGGCUACUUUUGGUUUACCGGUGUUUAGUGAAGCCGAGCACACAGCUUUGUUUAGGUUUCUAGCGAGAAGAUUUAAGAAUGGCUGUGAAGUAAUAGACGCUUCUUGAGAACUGAAAGCCAUGAAUGACGCCCCUACCCACAUAAAUACAUAAAUAUCAGACCUCAACCUGAUGUCUUUGGGUCCUCGGACUUACCAAGUUGAUCUUGCCAUUACUGCUCUGCAGAGGACUUGAGAAGGAACCGCAGCCUGUACACAUUUGAUCCAGAUUUGUAACAAUUGUUUCAUAUCUAUAUAUAUUUAAAAAUAUAAUUCCAAGGGAUUUGUAUCUUUUUGUGACAGUGGUGACUCAUGACGCCCAGCCCAUGCCUUAUUCUGUCCAUUAAACCUUGACCACAAAGGUAAACAUUACACAAAUGGAUAAA